UUAUCAUUUAUCAACUCAACUUUCAUUGAGCGCGCAGUGUAGCCCGCGCCGCCCCGCAGCGCAGCCGUGCGCCCGUCCCGCGCCGGCUGGUAUGGAGCCCUGCCUGUGCCGACCAGAGGACUCUGUGGGAGACCAGAUAGUACCUGGUGCUGGUAGCUGGGGAGGCGUGGCCUUCUCCGCCGGCUUGCCGGACCCGUGGCUGCAGAUGCAGACAUCGGAGCUAGAGUCGCUGCUGUGCAAGCAAGAGGGCGCAUCGCUGGCGCCCGUUCACAUGGAGUUCUUCGACGGGGGCUCCUCGCGCGACGAUGGCUUCCUGCGCCCCGCGCUGUGGGAGGACAUCGCCUCCUCCAUCCGCAACAUCGACCCGGAGAACGCCAACAUGCUGGCUCCACUGGGGGCCACGCACGUCAAGCUGGAGGCGGCGGAGCUGCUGGAGGAGUGCGCCACGCCCAUGCUCAGCCCGCUGGAGAUCAAGACGGAGCAGCGGCCGCCCGCCUACGCGCCGCCGCCGCCGCAGCCCGCCUACCACAAGUACCCGCCGUCGCGGCUGGUCUACAUGUCGCCGCUGACGCCGCCCGGCUCCGACCAGGGCAGCCCCGGGAACACCAUGCAGUGUCACAUGUUGCAGAGCGCGCGCCGCACGCCGCCGCCGCCGUACCACGCGCCGCCGCCGCUGCAGCGCGCGCCGCAUCCGCACCCGCAUCACCAUCCGCAACAGCAGCAGCAGCAGCAGCAACAGCAGCUGCCGCCGCCGCUGCCGCCGCCGCCGAUGCCGCACCCCUCUCACCCCGCGCACCCGCCCCCGCACCCGCACUCCCGCCUGGCGCCCCCGCUCAUGUCGCACGUGAAGUACAACCGGCGGAACAACCCCGAGCUCGAGAAGCGGAGAGUCCACCAUUGUGACUUUUUAGGUUGUUCGAAAGUUUAUACAAAAAGUUCCCACCUGAAGGCUCAUCAGAGGAUACACACAGGGGAGAAGCCAUACACGUGCCAGUGGCCGGAGUGCGAGUGGCGGUUCGCGCGGUCCGACGAGCUGACGCGGCACUACCGCAAGCACACCGGCGCCAAGCCGUUCAAGUGCGCGGUCUGCGAGCGUUCCUUCGCCAGGAGCGACCACCUGGCGCUGCACAUGAAGCGGCACCUCCCGAAGACCAGCAAAUGACACGCGAGACGGGGCGGCGACCAGCCGCCCGCGCAGGACUCAGCUCAGGAGGAAUGCAAUGAAAGCAUUUUUCUGGAGUGCGACCUGGAUGCUAACCUGAUGGACACCCUGUACAGCGUGCUGUGAUGCUGUGACCGCCACUCCGAGAAGAAUGCCCCAAAUUGCCCAAGCACUGGGCAAUGUGACCCGAACGUGCCUUCACCCUCCCCCGCCCUCACUGUGAAUUAAAAUGCCUUCGUAAUUUAUAAUGUUGUGCCUUUUUAGACAUUACUUAUUACAAAAAUAGCACCUCCUCUAAGCAAUCAUCAUCACAUCGUAUCUCCCCGUAAGUUAGAUAGAAGCAGCAUCUGUUGUGCCUUAUAUUGCCCACUCGUAUAAUAGUAAUAGACUUGUGUACUGCCUUAUUUUAUAGCCUGAGACUAGUCGUCUAUACUUUAGUGCCUUCACCAUAAUGCCGUGGCCUUAGCCGUAAAUUUAUAUUGAAUUUAGUCGACUAUAUUUUAUGAACAUUGAGAGGAUAAAUAUUAAGUAAAUAGAAACUUUUUUCGGAUUUUAUGAUGAAGACUUUUGCUGUGAAGUAGCUUAAUAAGUUUCUGGUGAGAGCUUCGACAACUCGAGGAGUUAUUUUCAUAUACUUAGGUACUUACAUAAAACUUAAAAUAAAUGAUAGACUUCUUGAAUCUUCAACUACCAUAUAAAAAUGCAGAUAAUUAACGAAUCAAUCCGAUAAUCCGUUGAAUUUAAUUAAUUCUCGAGUGAGGUUCAAAAAUAUCAGUUAGCCAUAAUUUAAAUUAUUUAUUGUAAUAUAAAUAAGAUAAGUAUUGUAAAAAUCGCAUCACUUAUAUCAGCCUUACCAAGGAGAUCGCUUUACCUAGGUACCUACCUACUUUUAUAUUUUAUUAAAUGAUUACCAUGGCGUCGCCAUAUUUACGGACAUAAGUCCAAUUUAAAUCUUGUGUAAGAUUAAAAUCCGCUUAGUGGACGGGUGAUAGCAAUGCAAUUGCGUUACUUAACUUAAGUAAUUACUUACUAUGCAAUUUGCAGUUCUUCCGUUACAAUACAUAGUAACUAACUAUGUAGGUAUGUAUAAUUAAAGAAACGUUUUCAGUCAUGCACAAUUUACUACUCGUACCAUUAGAGUUGCAUAAUUGAAAGUUUCCAAGUGACAUGAAUUUAGACAUUGUAAGGAAAGAACUCCUCUCCUCACACCGAAAAGGAUUCAGUGCAUAUGUAGCGUCGUAUAUCUGUGUUUUUUUUAAUAUACAGGCGCAAAAACGGUAUACUAAGCCGAAACCAGCAUGUUAUAUCUAAG